UAGGAAUAUAUAUUUCCAGGCUCCUGUUCUGCAUCAUUGAAGUCUGGCACGUACCAAAUGACAACAUCUCUUGCAGUGAUACUUGGAAGCGCUGCAGGAGCUGUUGGAUUGGUGGCACUACUUGUAUUCCUAUGGUUCCGCCUACUACAUAAGAGGAGUGUUUCAAGAACUUCUGAGACAGGUUCUUCAGAUCCAUCUCUUCAAGCAGGACAAGCCAUUGAAUUGUCUCUUCUGAGAGGUGGCCCUCACCCAUCCGACUCGCGAGAGGCAAGGCGUUUUAUGUUGGACGAGUUAAACCUGGCUACAAAGAAUUUCAGCGAUAUCAAUCUGAUCAGGCAAGGAAAAUUUGGAGAAGUGUACAAGGGUUUGCUUAAUGAUGGGAUGAUUGUGGCCAUCAAAAAGUGGCCUGGUGCACCUAAUCAGGAACUUAUCAAAGAGGUACGCUACUUGUCAUCCAUCAGGCAUCGAAAUAUUGUGAUUCUUUUGGGAUAUUGCCAGGAAAACAACCAGCAAAUGCUUGUUUAUGAGUACAUAGCUAAUGGCAGUGUUUCCAGUCACUUAUAUGGUGCAGCUCAGAUCUCCAAUGAACUGCUAGCAUUCAAGAAUAGGCUUUCAGUAGCUCUGGGAGCAGCUAAAGGUGAUCAUUUGCAAAAUCAGGGAGCAUUGGUGGCUUUCCUGGUAUGGGAUUUCUCUUGGUAAAAUAAAAUACAUGAUGGUCUAGAGCUCUCCUAAGCCCAUAUAUACCUCUCCACAGGCACUUCUAAGUGUGGAUAUCCAAUGCAUGCAUUAGGUGGUGUACCGUGUAUAGGACCUAGCCCAAAUAUCAGACAAUCAACUCAUCAGGUGGGCCACACAUGUAUGAAACAAUGGAAGGUUGUAAAUAGAACUGCCAACUGCCCUCAUUCAGCAUACAUGUUGUGGCCCACUCGAUGCAUAAUUCAGAUGUCCACCAAAUUUUGGCACAUGUGGCCACACAUAGGUCACAAUUCUAAAGCUCAGUGAUUUGAUUCAGAACCAGGCUGAGUCAACUCAACUCGACGAGCUUUC